GGGGGCCCCGUGUCACCAGCAGGCUCGGGGCGCAGCAGGGGGCGCUCUCCCCUGGCAGUCGGGGGUCCCAGGGCGGUGCUGGGGGGGCUCAUGCUCCCCAGGGGGCUCCAGGUUUCAGCUACGUGACCCUGCCCCAUAAGGAGGGACAUGGGGGGCAGUGCAGAGGCUGGGAGCCAACCCCUGGCGCCCGGCUCCGUCCGGCCUCUCCCUAGUCCCCACCCCUGGGGGCAGGGAACCACGGGCCCUCCCCAGCCCCAGGCGGGUCCCCUCCCAUCCAGCCCGGGCCCAGCCACCACCCGUCACCUCAGCCUGGACCCGAGGAAGCCGCUGGCCUGGGGCUGGAUCCUGCAGCCAGACCGGAACCUCCUUCUCUUCACCUCACCAUGGCAACCCCGGUCUCCUGGGUCCCCUUCUGGCCGCCCCUCCGGCUCUCCAUCUUCCUGCUGGCCAUCAUGACCUUCUCCAUCAUCCUCCACUGGAGGGGCUGGUUCCCUGCCAGUGGACAGAGGCUCCCCUCCUCCAAUGCCAUGGGGCAGCCCCCAGCCAUGGCUCCCAUCCUGCCCCCCACCACACCCCCCGCCACGGGGCGCGGCAUGUGGACCGUGAACUCCGACGGGCGCCAGGGGAACCAGAUGGGUCAAUACGCCACCCUCUACGCCCUGGCCAAGAUGAACGGGCGCCAGGCCUACAUCCUCCCGGAGAUGCACGAGAAGCUGGCGCCGCUCUUCCGCAUCACCCUGCCCGUGCUCUCCAGCGAUGUGGUGCGGAGCGUCCCGUGGAGGAAUUAUUGGAUCCACAAUUGGAUGUCGGAGGAGUACAGGCACAUCAAGGGGAAAUACGUCCGGCUCACGGGCUACCCCUGCUCCUGGACCAUCUACCACCACCUCCGGCAGGAGAUCCUCCAGGAAUUCUCCUUCCACGACCACGUCAAGAAGGAGGCCAACCGGUACCUGGCCGGGCUGCGAGGGCAGCGCCAGAACGUGACCUACGUGGGCGUCCACGUCCGGAGGGGGGAUUACAUCCAGGUGCUGACCCAGGUCCGAAAGGGGGUGGUGGCGGACAAGGCCUACCUGGAGAAGGCCAUGGGCUACUUCCGGGCCAAGUACCAGGAGCCGGUCUUCGUGGUGACCAGCAACGGGAUGGAGUGGUGCCGGGAGAACAUCGACGCCUCGCGGGGGGACGUGUAUUUCUUGGGGGACGGGAAGGAGUCGUCGCCGGGGAGGGACUUUGCUCUCUUGGUCCAUUGCAACCACACGAUCAUGACCGUCGGGACCUUUGGCAUCUGGGCCAGUUAUCUCGCUGGGGGGGAGACCAUCUAUUUGGCCAACUACAUUCUCCCCAAUUCCCCCUUCCUCCGGGUCUUCAAGCCUGCGGCCGUCUACCUGGCCGAGUGGAUUGGGAUUGAUGCCGAUCUCUCCCCACUGCUGAAUGGGAGCUAUAAAAAUAAUAAAUAACAAAUGGAAGAAAGGGGCAAUGGAUAGUAAUAUAUAUAAAUCAGAAACUGGGGAUUGUAGAAAAUUGAUAAGGGAAGCAAAGGGACGCAUGACGACAUCUAUGGCAAGCAAAGUUAAAGACC